CUUCUCCACUUCGUCGCCCGCCCGCCCGCCUCCCCUCUCGUCGUCCCACGGCCUCGCGCGCGCCUUCUCCGAUUCCCGCGCUCCCGGCGGCGGCGCGCGUCCGGCCCGGCGGCCCCCCUCGCCGAAAUUCGCUUCGCGCGGGCGUCGCCGCCGAUUGCGUUGUCCGUUGUGGCGUCCCGUCGGAUCGCGUAGGGCAACCGCACCGCACGGCUAAGAAAGGUUUCGCGGCGGCUCGGUUCCUCGUCUCCGCGGACGUCCAACUCUGACAGGUGUUGGUUCCGGCGGUUUCUGCUGUCGCGGGCUCAGACUCAGAGGGCGGCCGUUCCCUCUUGAUUCGGGCGGCGCGCUGAGGACGCGCCAUGGAGGCGAAGCAGCAGCGGGCGCGGCACGGCGAGGAGAGGCGGCCGCCGGCGGCGACCGAUGGCGCCGCCGCCGCCGCCGCCGCCGCCGCCGCCGAGGAGUACGACCCGUGGACGGCGUGGCUCUACAAGCCGCACACCAUCUCGGUGCUCCUCGUCGGCGCCUGCCUUCUCAUCUGGGCAAGUGGAGCACUUGAUCCUGAAGGCGCUGCUGCUCACAGCAGCGUGACAUCAAUCAAGAGGGGUGUCUGGGCUAUGAUUGCAGUCUUCCUUGCCUACUGCACGCUUCAGGCACCUUCAACGAUACUUAUUAGGCCCCAUCCUGCUGUCUGGCGCUUGGUGCAUGGACUGGCUGUCGUUUACCUCGUCGCUAUUACCUUUCUUCUUUUCCAGAAUCGUGAUGAUGCUCGCCAGUUCAUGAAACACCUUCACCCUGAUCUUGGAGUUGAAUUGCCGGAGAGAUCUUAUGGAGCUGAUUGUCGUCUGUAUGUUCCAGAAAACCCUAAAAACAAGUUCAUAAAUAUUUAUGAGACAUUGUUUGAUGAAUUCGUUGUUGCUCAUAUCCUUGGGUGGUGGGGCAAAGCUGUAAUGAUACGAAAUCAACUUCUCCUUUGGGUCUUGUCCAUUGGCUUUGAGCUCAUGGAGCUAACGUUCAGACACAUGUUGCCAAACUUUAAUGAGUGCUGGUGGGAUAGCAUUAUUUUGGAUAUCUGGAUCUGCAAUUGGUUUGGUAUUUGGGCAGGAAUGCACACAGUCCAUUACUUUGAUGGCAAAACAUAUGAAUGGGUUGGACUGAGCCGCCAGCCAAGCAUCAUGGGUAAGGUUAAAAGAUCACUAAGCCAGUUCACCCCUGCACAAUGGGAUAAGGAUCAGUGGCAUCCUUUCAUGGGGCCACUGCGAUUCAUCCAAGUGCUUUUCCUCUGCGCCGUCUUCAUGACUGUGGAACUCAACACAUUCUUUCUCAAAUUUUGUCUAUGGAUUCCUCCAAGGAACCCCUUGGUCGUGUACAGAUUGAUCCUCUGGUGGCUGAUUGCCAUCCCAACCAUCCGCGAGUAUAACUCCUACUUGCAAGACAGCAAACCAGUGAAGAAGGUUGGAGCCUUUUGUUGGCUCUCUCUGGCUAUUUGCAUAGUGGAGCUACUUAUCUGCAUGAAGUUUGGGCAUGGGCUGUUUCAUGACCCAAUGCCUACCUGGUUGGUUAUCUUUUGGAGCUCAGUGGGGAUUGCGCUUGUGAUUUUCUUGCUUGCAUGGUCAUGGAGGAAUCACCAAAAAUUCCGGAGAAAGCAGCUGUGAUAGAUUGCAAGAAUUUAUCUUAGACAAUUUAAAACUCGAUUCCUUUCUUGGAUACAGGUGCUGUACAUAUGUGAUAUGUGAUGUAACUUACGUAUUAGGGGAGCCCAUUUUUCUGCAGCUCCUGGCAGGAACUUGGUUUGUCAGCUGUCACAGUAGUAUAUGCCAUAGCAGUGCUCCUUUAUUUCAAAAAAAAAAGUUGUCACAGUAGCUCAUUGCUGCCAGCAUGAGAUUUGACGAAUAAUUGAGAAUAUUGCAGCAUCAAAAUCUGGUGUAAUUAAUCAAAUAAAGCAAGAUCAUCGAAUGUUUAGGUUCGAAAGUUCUGGUA